AGGCUCCACCACCUUGAUAGGUCAGAUCCCAAUCAUCUCUGGCUUUUGCAUCACCUUUUCUUGAAUGAAAUCAAUGCUGAUUGCACCAUCUUCUGUGAGGAGUGGAAUGCCCAUCCAAUCACAGGAGAAGGGCAUGAUCAAAGCCCAAAUGAUCUGCACUUCACAGGCCAGCUUGAACAUGGCAUGUACAGGGAUGAUGUGAUUUCUGUCCACCCAAAUGUUUAUGCACACUAUGGUGUGGAACAUAGCCAGGGCCAGGAUGAUGCAGACUGGGUGGACAUUGGAGAGGAUGGUAAUGAUGUCCCUGACCUACCCUCCAGGAUUGCUGCAGAGCAAUCUUCCCAAUCCCUGCAUGAGGCUGCACCAGUACCUGCAUACACCAAUCCUUUUACAGCUGUUGCAUUAACAGCUUUCAUCAGGGCUUUGGAUCAAGUUCAACAACUGCACCAUAUACCUACUGGGUUGGGUGUUAGAGCAGAGGAAUGGGACCAUGAUGGAUAUCCAGAGCUUGAAAUUAUUCAGUCAGGUCAUCAGGGAAGAAGGAAGGAGCUUGCAAUUGAACUACCACAUUCUCUCUGGUAUGGACAAGCUGUGCACUGGUGCCAGGCCUUAGAGGUAUUCAACCACACCAUGGCCUUGUUUAAUGAGACCAUGUAG